ACACACAGCACGCCCGUCGAAGGUCGCGGAUGUUGUCGCGGAGUAGACGACUGACAGCGCGUUAUCUUCCGCAGGUGGGAAACCCAGCGCGCCAUCGCAGUGCCCGGCCGGCUGGGUGUUUCCCCGCAAGGACGCGACUCUUAGCCGAAGACAACAUCUCGUGCGCUGUUGCGUAGCGACGCCCGAGGACAAGGAGCGAUGCAGCGGUCCGUGUUGGUGGUGGCUGCAGUGCUGCUGCGGCUGGCAGCCGGCGCCGACACGAGAACCAGCUGCGCGCUCAGGAACACGUCCCGCUCGCUCACCGCGGACUGCCGGAGCCGCAGUCUCCAGGAAGUGCCCUCGGACCUGCCGUCCGGCCUCACGGGCCUGUCGCUCAGCAACAACCACCUGCCCGCCCUGGACGACCAGCUGCGGGUCGCCGGCUGCGCGCCGCCUGGGAGCGCCGCGUGCAGCCGGUUCCCGCGCCUGGCGCAGCUCAACAUCACCCACUGUGCGACUGCAAGCAUCAGCAGUCGCUUCCUGCACGGCUCGCACUACUUGGUCUUUCUAUCUCUCAGCAACAACCAACUUAGUUCUCUCCAUCAGGACACGUUCAUCGACAAUAAGAACUUGAUGCAUUUAGACAUUUCUCACAACAGGAUCAGUUCCAUCCCGCAAAAACUAUUCCAAGGCUUGCGAUAUUUAGAAAACUUGGAUCUUAGUAAAAACCAACUCCGCGAGAUACACUGUGAAACAUUCAGUGGCUUGAGUAACUUGGACGCACUCCUGUUAAACCACAAUAACAUUGAGGUUUUCUGUGAAACUAUAUUUGGUGAUCUUACAAAUAUGCGGUUGUUAAAUGUGGGCAGUAACAAUUUGACAAGUUUACCUAGAAACCUACUUCGAAAUCUUUCAAAUUUGGAAGAAUUUUUAGCCUCUAAUAAUAUUAUAAGUGCAUUAGAGCCAACUUUUUUCUCGAAUUUACAUAAAUUAAAUUUAAUCGUGUUUCAGAACAACAUGCUUAAAAGACUUUCUAAGUAUAUAUUUCAAGAUUUGUUAAAAAUACGUGAGGCAGACUUCUCUUUCAAUAAGUUAGAAUCUUUAUACCUCCAUCGAAUCCCUGUUUCACUUGUUGAACAAAAUGGAACUUUUGUUCUUGACACAGGCACGAAUAUUUGCAAAAAUAAAGUAGGCACUGAAAAUCCAUGUUUUAUUUCAGAGUUGAGUGGAAAUAAAAACCCAGUGCUCUUUCAUGCUAUGGAUUUUUCCUUUAAUAAAAUAAGUUUUAUUAGUUUCAACACUGCUAAUUUCUCUCACUCAUUAGAGUUACUAAACCUCAGCCUUAUAGGGAAUCCAAGAGUGAUAAUUCCAGUAAAUUUUAUAAAAAGUGAGAGGUUUAUUACUGAACUCUAUUUAGAUGGCGUAUAUUUCAACUGGAAAAAUUUAACUCUAAUUAACGAAAUUUUUGGACUAAAGAGUUUGAAAGUUCUUAGUAUUAUAGGAUGUGGAGCAUGUGAAUACUACACUAAAAGCUUGUUAUUCUCAAUUUUUAAUAUAAAGAAAACUGUUAACAUACUUUGUAAUGAUAACACCACCGAGUCUAACCAUAAGGACCGAAAAAAUCUCGGAUCAUUAUCUAUAACAAGUACAUCAAACAUUAAAUACAACUCUUAUUCAAAUAAAAGUUUACAAAGUAAUUCAAAUUAUUUGAGUCAGUUCCCAUGUGAAAUUUUCGAGAGUAAAACAAUUGUAAUUCCUCGCUUUGACUUUUGGAACUUGUCGAUCAAGAUGUUAUGUCUUCACACAAUUGAUUGCUCAUUUUCCGUUGUUAAGGUGUUGCCAGACAUGAGAAAUUCGUCAUGUGUUCUAUUUUCACAUAGCAGAAUUAAAAAUGUGAAAGAAAAUUAUUUUCAGGAAUCAACUUCAUUAAAAUAUCUAGACUUAUCAUUCAACAGUUUGUCAUUCUUACCAGAUAACAUGUUUUAUUCCUUAAAAAAUCUUGUUAUUUUGAGACUAGAACACAAUAUGUUAUACUUCCUGCAGUCUUCAUUGUUUAUAAAUUCAACUAAAUUGAUUAUCCUCUCUCUUACAGGGAAUCGAAUUCAUUCUUAUGCUCCAAAUGUGUUCGCCCCUUUAACUCAGUUAGAAAUUUUACUGUUAGAUAUAUACAACCCUGCUAAUUUACACAAUAAAAUAUUUAUUAAUCAGAAAAACUUACAUGUACUUGAAGUUAAUCAAUUAGGUAACAGCUAUAGUUUAACUAAUAAUUACAAUUCAAGCAUUAAAUACUUGAGUGGAUUAAUUUCACUUAGGCUACGGAACUUCACAAUAAACUCAAAUAUAAGUGACUUUCUAUCUAACAUUACUGGACUAAGCGAAGUAUAUUUUGAAAAUAUAUUUUUGCCAGAAAUUACUGAUGAAUUUUUUAAUAGGUUCACAGACCUAAAUAUACUUAAUAUAAGGGGAAAUAAUAUCGAGAAAAUAGGUGAAAAUGCUUUCAGAAACCUCACAAACAUAAAACACAUCGAUCUUUCUGUUAACAAAAUUUAUAUUCUGCAUAGAAAUUUAUUCCUUAAUACAAUACAUUUGGAAAUACUGAAUAUAUCUUACAAUAAAAUUAAAAACGUUCCUGUCACUUUAUUUCACAAAUUAACUCUGUUGAAAUUGUUAGAUAUCAGUAACAACCUCAUUGUGGAACUUGAAUGGUUUUCAUUUUCUUACUUGUAUUCUAUUCGUGGAUUAAAAUUAAAUAAUAAUAUGAUUACUAAAAGCAAACUAAUAUCAUUUAACAAAGACAAUGGUCUCGAAAAUCAAUGUGCUGCUAACUUGACCAAGUUGGUGGACAAUUCCAAAGAACUUAGUAAACAUAUUUUAUCUUCUGAACAACCUCUAAUUUUUGGCAGAAAAUGUCAUAGAAAUUUAAGUGAAUUUUCUUGGGAAAGAUUAGACUUAACUGUUAUCGAUUUAUCAAAUAAUGAAAUUAAUUUUGUAUCAAACGAAACGUUUAUGGACAGUCCCACUCUUCAGCAUCUGUUUUUAUCAAGAAAUAAUAUAACUGGGAUUGAUAACGACACUUUUAAAUACACACCUUUACUCAAGAACCUGUUUAUAGACAACAAUUCUCUUAUUUUUAUCAGUGAAACAUUGUUCAAAAACCUCACUCAAUUGGAGUUGCUUGACCUAAGCCAUAACAGCAUUGAAAUUAUAAAAGCUAGGGCGUUCGAAGAUUUAAAAUCUCUGGAGGCCUUAAAUCUUCAAUUCAACAGAUUAAAAACGUUUAACGCCAAAUCGUAUUUUUCCGAAAAUAUGUUAACUAGCUUAUUUCUUAAUGACAAUUUGAUAAUGUUGAGUUACACAAAUUUCUUGGGUCUUGAUUCCAUUGAUAUUAUAAGUUUGCAUAACAACGUGUUAGGAAGUGUGCCAGAAGAAAUGUUUGAGUUAUCGCAUAACCUCGGAAGCCUUGUUAUCAAAAACUGUAGCAUUCUGACCCUUCAUCCAGAUGCAUUUCAAAACAACCCAAAUCUUACUGUUCUCUUGAUGAACAAAAAUCCUGUUCACUCUUUGACACCACGCCAUUUCUCCUAUUUGCGAGACCUAAUUUACUUGGACAUGAGUAACCCAAAAGUUAUUCCUGGAAGCGAUGCCUUAUAUGCAGGUCUCAGUUGGAAGAACAUGACUUUACUGAACUACUUUUUCGAACUCUUUGAACUUCAAUAUUUUAUUCUCGCAGGCAAUCCUAUUUGUGAACAAGUACAGUGGGCACAAAUAAUUAAUAACAUUUUUCUCUCUGAGAAAUGGAGAACAGUCGUUUGUUCAGAAGAAUUCAUAGCACCUCCAUGGUAUGUGAACUCGAAGGGGUAUCAACUGUCUUAUAAUAUAGAUAAAGUAACUCAUCUUUAAAAUGACAAAAAAUCAUUAUUUAAGCUGUGAAAUUUUCUACCAAUGAAAUGUGAAAAAUGACACCAAUGACUCAUUUGAAAAGAUAUUUUUAGUAUUAUAAAACAUAUCUUUUUGUUUCUAAACGAAAUGACAAGUAAAAAAAUAACACUUAAUAUUUUGAAAUUAUGGUCGUGCAAAACAAUGUGUAUUUUAUCUCACUUUGUUUGAAUUUGAGUUUUGUUUCUGAUAGAGAAUCAAAUGCGAGAAAGAACAAAUGUUUGGCAAAAAAAAUUCAAUCAGCUGAAAACAUACAAAAUUUCCAUUGUGUCCACCUGUGAGUUCAUAUUUCGUGAGAAGACUUACAUUUAAAAACUUUAUUAUCUUUCACGAAAGUAACGAGAAAGUAAAAUUAAGAUAUAAAAUUAAAAUGUAAAUAUAUGUACUACAAAUUCAAACUAAAUAUUUGGAACAUAACGAAUUCAGUAGAUUAAAAAACCUGUCUCAUCUUAUUUCGUUUUUAUAGAAUAAUGUCAUUUUACAAUGAAUCGAUUCAGUCCUUAAAACAUUUCUUACCUUUAUGAAGUCUCAAAACUUUACGAAUAAACCAUAUCAUGUUAUGAACAAUAAAAUUAUAUAUAUAAAGUAUGUAUCAAUAUUCAUGUUACAACGCUUGAGGGUAGAAAGCUAUUAUUAUUUGCAACCAUUUUUUCCAAUAAACAUGCUGCCAGAAACUCAUAGUUAAGCCCCUGUAGCCCCAGAAUGAGUCAGCGUAGGCAACCCGUUGGGCUUUGUGCGAGACAGACGAUGCUAUGGUGAAUUACGUGUUUACGACGCCGGGCAGCGCUCGAGAGGACUGUACGAUGUCGAAUGCUGACCCCCACCCCUUAUUACUUCUGUUGGUGGCGCCCUCACCUCUUUUCUUCCGUUCGUGCCGUGCCAUAGCACUGCGCAGCGUGACAUCGCAGUGUCGCAGUGUAAUUUGAUAUCACUGGUGGUCUGUCGUUGACUGUUCUGACGUACAAGAAAACUCGUGGUGUCAUUUCUUUCGCUGUGGUUCUGAAAAGGGCGACGUGUUAUUGGAGCUCAAUGGAGUACACGUUUAGUGAGUACACGGACAUGCUGCUUGUUUACGGGUAAGUUAGACAAAAUGGACGAGCCGCCCGUCGUCUGUACGAAGAACGAUAUCCGGGUCGUAGGAUUCCAGUUCACACCAUGUUUGCAAGACUUACUCAAUAAAUGCGUGAUACUGGUACAUGUGCCGUCACAAGACCAAAUGCUGGUGCUCCACACAGGGUUCGUACUCCCAGUUUUGAAGAAGAUGUACUUCAGAGAUUUAAGGAGAGUCCGGAUACAAGCACAAGGGCAGAAGGUUCCGAUAUGGACGCUGACAAAAUGGCUGUUUGGCGAGUUCUUCAUGAGCAACUCUUGUACCCGUACCACCUUCAAAAAGUGCAACACGUGGGUCCGGCGGACUAUCCUCUUCGCAUGACCUUUUCUCGUUGGUACAUUCGAUGAGUAUUGAGGAACCCCGAGUUAGCGGUUUUAUUCAGGGAUAAAGCCAAGUUCACUCAAGAUGCUAUUCUCAAUUCGCACCACAGUCAUGUUUGGAAUGAUUUCAAUCCGCAUGCAACGUGUGUUACAGCUCGCCAGGAACGUUUUUCAGUUAAUGUGUGGGCCAGUAUUGUUGACGGCGUACUCAUCGGGCCAUUUUUUCUUCCGCCACGACUUACCGGCGCCGGAUACCUCCACUUCCUUCAGAACGAACUACCAGGUCUUCUUGAAGAGGUUCCAUUGCAUGUCCGACAUGUGAUGUGGUACCAACAUGACGGGGCACCACCUAAUUUUUCCCUGCAAGUGCGAGAGUAUUUAAACCAAACAUUUCCAAACCGAUGGAUUGACGAGCGGGCCCUGUCGCAUGGCCGCCAAGGUCACAGGACCUAACCCCGUUAGAUUUCUUUCUGUGGGGUUACGUAAAAGGGCUUAUCUACGCUACGCCAGUAGAAACUGUAGAAGAGCUUACACAGCGAAUCAUUGAAGCGUUCGAAAUCAUAAGGUCGACUCCACACAUGCUUCAGCAUAUCCGUGAAAACAUGAUUCGCUGUUGCUACCUCUGUGCCGCUCAAGGUGGGCGUGUUUUUGAACCGUUGCUUUAAGCUGUCACGUUGUUAAAACAUAUGCAACAAUUUCAAUGUUGUGAAACAAAGCCGAAGGUGUGAUUGAUUUCAGAGUGAAAUUAAAAUCUGUGCUACGAUUAAAAAGGUUAUUUCUCUACUCGAACCCCCACACAUGCAUAACAUAACACUUUACAACGGGUUGCCUUACCUGACUCUUUCUGGGGCUACAGGGGCUUAACUACGUGUUUCCGGCAACAAGUAUAUUGGCAAAAAUGGUUUGCAAAUAAUAAGAGCUUUCUGCCCUCAAGCUUUGUAACAUGAAUUUUGAUACAUCCUGUAUACAGUAGUCAUCGCCAACAUUAUUUACCCCAAUCAACUUUAACAAAUCAAGCAGUACUUAAUAGUUGCGCAGUUACUUUAAUAAAAUGGACGGUAGCACUAAAUAUGUUUCAACAGAAACAAUAAUUGAAAUGUGCAGAGUCGACUUGGUCGCACCAUGUUCAUUGAUAUUGCCUACAUUUUCAGUACCUGCAAUCACGUGGUACUUUGACUUCAAACUGUGCCAUGUCUGUUUGAACUAUCUCCAUUUCAAUAGUAUUCACAUUAAAUUGCUUCUUGUCUUGACACAUUUAAAAUGUAUUAAAAAAAAUAAUAUGGUGUAGUUAUUAACUGCUUCAUAGUUAUACUAUUUUACGAGACUUGAAAGUUUAUUUCAAAGCGCAGAAACCAGCAACUGAACUAAACUUAUGCAGAAGCCAGCAACUGUCAAAAAAAUAAAA